UUCCCAAACAUGCAAAAGACAAAAAAUUUCGCGACGAAAAUCAAAUCCCCAUUCUUUUUUUAAUUAUUUUAAUCAAGUUUUUUUAUGCUUCGUCAUCUUUUCUUCAUUUAUUUUUCUUGGAAUCUAUACGUUGUUUGAGAUUGGAAGAAAAAUGUCAUGGAUAAGAACGGCUGUUAGUAGAGCCGUGGAAGUAGGCGGAAACAAUAACCUCAGACGCACCGUAUGGAGUGUCGCCGAUUCCGUCGUCCAACAUGCCGGAUCCGCCGUGUUCGGUGGUGCCAGGAUGAUCCAUAACCGCAUUGCUGCUAGGAAUAUGCAGAACCUUCGAAUAACAGUAAAGAGGCUGGAAGAAGUAUCGGUAUCAUGUAAAGGAGUUGAAAGGAUUCAGCUAUUAAGACGAUGGCUCGUCGCCCUUAAAGAAAUCGACAGAUUACUCAAUGAUCAAAAUAACAAUAACGAUGAUAAUAAAAACAUUAGUAUAACUAUUAACAACAGCGACACUACUAAUGAUAAUGACAAAAACAACGUUGAUCAGUUUUCUUUCGAAGACAUCAAGGAUUCUCCCCAAAAGCCAUCUUUGGUAUAUUACUAUGACCCAGAAGUGGGGGAACCAAUGAAUUUUCGGGAAGUUUUUCUUUACAGUCAAGCUCUUGAAGGGAUGACGUUGUCAAUGAUUCUUGAAGUACCAAACGAGGAAGAGGUUUCACUAUUUAUGGAAAUACUUAGGAUCUGUAUUGCAGGAGGGAAGGAAGUUCAUGAGACAGUAAUGAGCAACAUAAUGAACUUAGCAGUGGCUUUCUCAAACUAUGUGGAGGAAGUAUUGGUAAAACGAGAAGAACUGCUCCAAUAUGCUCAAGCUGCAAUUAAAGGGCUCAAAAUAAAUGUUGGUCUUGCAAGAAUAGAUGCUGAAGCCUGCAGUCUAAAGGAAAAACUUGGAGAAAUGAAGGCACUCCAAAACUCUUCAACUCAAGUCCAUGAAGAUUUUUUUCAAAAACAAACUACUGCAAUGAUAGAGGCUCUUAAAGAAGCUCUUGGCCUGGUCAGGUUAUAUUCUAGAUUGGAGGCACUGUUACUAAAGAAAAAAACUUUAAGCAAUGGGGAUACUCCACAACUUCAUGCUGAAAAGGUUGAUAAAUUAAAAGUUCUAUCAGAAUCUCUCAGUAACUCAACAUCAAAGGCUGAAAAGCGCAUUUUGGAGCAAAGGGUUCAGAAAGAAGAAGCGGUCAGCUUUCGUAUUGCUAAAGCUAACGAAGUGAGCCAACAAGAGAAGGAACUGGAAGCUGCGAUUCAAGAGCUUGAGAAGCAAAAAGAUGAACUUGAAGCUGAACUUAAAAAGGUGAAUGCAUCACUUAUCGCUGCUCGUGUACGCCUUCGGAAUGCAAGGGAAGAGCGAGAGCAUUUUGAUGACGCCAGUAACCAGAUUCUUCUACAACUGACAUCAAAGGAAGAGGAAAUUUCGAGAUCUAUUGCUUCAUGCCGAGUAGAAGCAGACGUGGUUAAUGCCUGGAUUCAUUUUCUAGAAGAUACAUGGUUUCUGCAAACCACCUUCCAUGAGCAAAAGGAGAAGCAGGUUAAUGGUGAACUAGAGAGAUAUGGGGAAUAUUUUGUGAAUUUGGUCACUCACCUUCUAUCUGCUUACAAGGUAUUUGCUCUGCUUACAAUCUUAUCCAUGAAAGUUGCUCAAAACUUAGCGACAAACAGUAAUUGUCAUUCAUUUCCAUGGAAUCUGUUGCUACAUAUUUUCCUCAUUUUCAUUCUGUUUCUAUCCUAUAUUAAGGAACAACUCAGGCCCUCCCUAUCAAGAAUUUGGCAACUGGUGGAGAGCUUGAGCUCAAGCGAAAGGUCAGGAGAAACAGCAAAGGAUGAAUCUCAAAAGCUCCUAACCAAAGAAGAAAUCUUGAAGAAGAAUAUCUUAACCUUGAAUCCAAAUUUGUAAGUACCUUUAGUGUAGUGGGUUCAAUGAAAACACAGAUCUAUUCUCCAAAUGAAGGAACUUACAGGAAAAAAGAUGAAAAGUUGAAAGAGCUAUUUGAUGAUCUUGAAAGUAUAAGGGAAGAAUUUGAAUCCAUGGAGAGACC